CUCGUCGUCCCUUGCAGCCGGUAUAGUUCCUUUCCAGUCCCUAAUACCCUAUCUGUCUUUGGCCCCUGCAACCAAAUUAAGUGCACACAAGCCCGGCAACUAUAAGAAGUGUGAGCAUACCGCACCAGUGAAUGAGCCAAAAACAAGUCAGCAUUGCAACUUGUUCACCAGAGAAGCAUCCUUCCAGAUCACAAAGUGUCCCUGCUUCUUGUUGACGCCGCCUAAUAUCCAAACCACACACCUCCACACCUGUACAAGCACACUUCCCUCCAGAAAAUGGGUAACUCCAGACCUUUCAACCCAUUCACCUCGCAACGGCUCGUCUACCGCGCGGUCCGCGACACGCCCGAGGACGAGGCCUUUGUCCACGCGAUCCAGGCCGAUGCCGAGGCCCAGUCCGGCGCCAUGUACGGUCUCCUGCGGCCGGAGACGCUGAAAUCGAGCAACGAAUUCAAGGCCGAAGUCGCGGAAAAGUGUCUUCUGGGUGCCAUCAUAUGCCUCCCCGCCGCGGCCUCUGGCGACCCGGAGAACAACAACAACGACACCACCACAAACUUGAGCACAAACACAAGCUCAACGGCGUUGUACAAGGACAAGCACAAUGCCAUGGCCGGCACCCCAAUCGGGAUCAUCUGCCUGAAGGCCAACCCGCCGCGCUUUGCCCAGCACCGGUGGUCAGAGAUCAGCAUCGACGUCCUCGCGGAGCACCGCGGCAAGGGGUACGGCGCAGAGGCCAUCGAGUGGUCCCUCUGGUACGGCUUCCGGAUGGCCGGCCUGCACCGGAUCCAGAUCCAGGCCUUCUCGUUCAACGACGGUGCGUGCAGGCUGUAUGGCGAGAAGCUCGGUUUCAAGGAGGAGGGGAGACAGCGGGACCACGUAUGGUUCGAUGGUGGCUGGCAUGACAAUGUCAUUUACGGUAUGCUGGAGGACGAGUGGCGCGCGACGAGGGACGGGCAGGCGCAGAAGUGAGAUGUAUCAGUAUAUAUACCGAGGACGAAUUUGCAUAAGCACACCACGGUGUAGAGCGGCCGAACCAUAAGUGAGCAUACUGCUAGUUCGCGAUCAGAGCAUGCCUAUGUGCAUACGAGACACGUGCUGCAUGCAGGAAAAUUAGAAGACGUGACAACGUUAUCAGUUGCACCACUUUGCCACCACCUAAAUG